AUCGCGCGGUCGAUUUGUACGCACACACACACAUACGCACGCACACACUAUUCUGUCGCGUGUGGACGUAGCGUACCACACAUACACAUACCGGUGCUGGGAACCACAAGAUCAGGACCUUACUCCAACGUUUCCCCCCACUGCAUUUUUAGACUCCGGGUUGGCUCGGACCGAUUCACAUGUCGCGUUGUUGUUGCGUGUGCUCGUUGCAACCGGAGUGAGCUCUAUUUCCCUCUUGCGAUAUCAAAUAAUAUCUUUUUCACCUGGCAACAAAACACUUUGUUGGUUACUGGUUCUGAAAACACGGGUAGCUGUUAUAUUUAUUUAUUUUAUUUAUAAGCUCUCAACAUGGGCUUCGUGGAAGGAGACUCGGGUAGAAACGGUUUGAGAAAACGGCUGUGUUUGAUUCGAGACGGAAAAGUGUACGACGUCACAGAGUUCGCCGAGAGGCACCCAGGAGGGCGAGAGCUACUGGUCAAGCAUGCGGGGAAGGAUGUUACGUCGAUUAUGAGCAGUGCGGACAGUCACGUUCACUCAAAAGCCGCAUAUUCAAUCCUGGAAAAGUAUUACGUGGGACCCGAGGAAGCUUUGAGAGAAGAAUACAAGAACGACAUUGUGGACUGGGACAAGCCAAUGCUGGGGCAGGUGGAGCUGCUGGGAGAUAAAUACUUCGACUGGACCCAUCAGCAGGUGGACAGACCUAUCCGGCUGUUUAAGUCCGACCUGGUGGAGAUGAUGACCAAGUCCCCCUGGUGGCUGGUUCCGGUCACGUGGGUGCCUGUCGUGCUGUACUCGCUGUGGUCCUCCUACACACACCUGUCGGAGAAGUCUGAGGUCUGGCCCAGGAACGCUUUAGGUCGUGAAUUCGGCCCAGUGUCUAUCCCUCUGCUGUUUGCCGCCGGUGUCCUUUUCUGGACACUUCUGGAGUACGUCAUUCACAGAUGGCUGUUCCACCUCCACCCCCCGGCCAACUGGCCAUUCCUCAUCCGCCUACACUUCAGUCUUCACGGGCAGCACCACAAGUCUCCUAUGGACCCCAUGCGUCUGGUUUUCCCUCCUCUACCCGCCUCCAUCUUUGCCGUGCUGUUUUACCUCGCCUGCCACGCCUCCUUACCUCACGGCAUGGCCAACUCCGUGUUCGCGGGCAUCGUGGUGGGCUACAUGGCCUAUGACCUCACCCACUACUACAUCCACCACGGACAGCCCAUGUUUCCUUACUUCCAGAGGCUCAAGCGAUACCACACGCUCCACCAUUACGAACAUCAGCAGUUAGGUUUCGGCAUCUCAUCAAAGAUGUGGGACUAUCCAUUUGGCACCCUCAUUCCCGAGGAUCAGUCGCAGGUCAAGACGAAAUGAUAAAUGCUUCCAGUAGAACUUGUCGUCGAUAGAUCUUCCUUCUCCGUGCAGACGAAGACGUGUGAUGACGUCACAGUCCAUGGCGAUGUCACGUGAUCUGAAGUGAAGAAGAGACGAGAGAGAAAUGAAAAAAACGGCUUAUGUGACUUUCAAAGUAAAGCCUCCGCCCGAGUCAACAGUGAUUUCGAGGACAGGCGUGUUUGUUUCUUUAUUUUCAGGGAAUUUUUAUGUGAAUAAUUCUUUUUAAUAAUAUUUAUAGCCCUAUGUGAUAAUAUCCUAUCUGCUCAUUGAACUUAUAAUGAAAAUUCCUAAAUGCAAAAAGUCUAUAAAGGGUGGUGCAAAGGUCACUUUCCACGUGACUUUUCAGAAGGGGAUGGGGGGGGGGAGGUUUUGUUUGGGUUUUUUCUUUUUUUUCUUUUCUUUGGAAUUUUUUACUGGGGUUCGGGUGGGGUGUCUUGGUUUUGGGUUGUUUGCCGGUUGUUGUUGUUGUUUAUUCCUGUAAUGCAAAGUUAAUGAAGAUUUCUGGUACAUUUACGCUAUUGGCUUUGGGUGAUGAUUCAGCUUUGCACUAAUCGUAAAACACACUUUGGAGUGUAAAAAAGGAAAGUAACCUUUUGCACCACCCUUCUCUAUAAUAGUAUUAAAUCAUACAACCACACAAGUUCCAACUGAUCAGUUGUCAGCCAAGGGAACUUGCAAAUGACUGCAUCCCUCUCAUCAUUGUCCAUAUCCAAAAUAUCAGUCUACUACAUGUGUAUUGUGGCUUGAACAUAUCGCGAGCGGAGUGCUAUCUGGUGCCCUUUCCAGUUUCCGACGUUUCAGAGCUUUUGUCAGUGGUCUAGAAGCUUGAAAAAAAACCUAUUCUUUGAGCCAAAGUUAUCACGAUUUAUGCCUGUGUUUCGUAAAAUUUUCAGUUUCAUUUUUAACCAACUCCCGUUUUAGCGACUAGAAUUUAGUGCUUUUAAAGCGAUUUACCUCUUUAUAUUUCAAUUUUUACAUUUUAAUCCCCUAUUGCCGUUGAGCGUCGAGAAAAGAUGCUGUUUUCUAUGGUAAUCCAACACUACUACUCUUCCAAUUAAGAUGUUGUAGCUUCUGAGGAUUCCCUUGACUCCCUCAGUCCAUCUUUUUGCUUGGCCUACCUCUUCCUUUGUAACCUGAGUAAUUGGUAUUAUAGGCACCCCGGAAAAUGGAGCUAGUACCAGAUAGCACUAAGAUAGCGAUAUAAUCCUCCCACCUCUCGCAAAUGAAGUUUCGCUUUCUCUUGUGACUGCAUGCCUUUCAGUCUCUUAAUUAAUAACGUGUCCUAUCCUUUGGUGUCCGUUCAUGUGCCAACAGUGUGUACAUAAUAAACGUGUGUGCCAAGUGAUUGGAAAUAUAAUUGUGUCCACGAUGUUUUCAUAUUACAUGUAAUAAUAAUAUUAAAAGGUUUUAAGUCUGCGAGUACAUUGUGUUUUAUUGCAACAAGCGGCCUUUCUCAGAAAUCAGAAGCGAACAAUUUAGUACGAAACUUGAUGCAAUGCAAAUUUGCUGAAGCUAUAAUAUAAUUAGAUUAUAUCAAGAGAAGAAUGAUUUCAUUUUAUAAAUGUUAUGGCAUUAUCGUUAUUACCAUUAUGAUCGUUAUCAACUCAUAAAUAUCAUUAUAAUUAUUUUUUUUCUAUCAAUAUUAUUAUUGUUGUUAUUGUAAUUGGCCUAUUAUAAUUUUCUCAGUAUCCUGUUUAUCAUCAUCAUCAUCAUCAUCAUCAUCAUCAUCAUCAU